AUGAUGGUCUGCGGGCUCCGCGCGCGCACCUGCUGGGCUCUGCGGUCCUUCGCUGUUAGCAGGCGAGCGCUGCGCUCCAGUCCGCGCACCCACGCUUUCGCCAAGGAGCUCUUCCUGGGCAGGAUCGAGAAGAAAGAAGUUUUCCCAUUUCCAGAAGUUAGCCAAGAUGAACUUAACGAAAUCAAUCAGUUUGUGGGACCCAUAGAAAGAUUCUUCACUGAAGAGGUGGACUCUCGAAAAAUUGAUCAGGAGGGAAAAAUCCCAACAGAAACAUUGGAGAAACUGAAGAGCCUGGGGCUUUUUGGGAUGCAAGUCCCAGAAGAAUAUGGUGGCCUGGGCCUCUCCAACACCAUGUAUGCGCGGCUAGGGGAGAUUGUCGGCCUGGACGGGUCAAUCGCUGUGACCCUGGCAGCACACCAGGCCAUCGGCCUCAAGGGGAUCAUCUUGGCCGGUAGUGAAGAGCAGAAGGCCAAAUAUCUGCCCAAACUGGCAUCAGGAGAACACAUUGCCGCCUUCUGCCUGACGGAGCCAGCCAGUGGAAGCGAUGCUGCCUCCAUCCGGACUAGGGCCUCUCUAAGUGAAGAUAAGAAGCACUAUAUCUUGAACGGCUCUAAGGUCUGGAUCACCAAUGGAGGACUUGCCAGUAUUUUUACCGUGUUUGCUAAAACCAAUGUUGUUGAUUCCGAUGGCUCAGUAAAAGACAAAAUGACAGCAUUUAUAGUAGAAAGAGACUUUGGUGGAAUCACUAAUGGGAAGCCUGAAGAUAAGUUAGGCAUCCGUGGCUCAAACACCUGUGAAGUCCAUUUUGAAAACACCAAGGUGCCCAUUGAAAAUGUUCUAGGAGAAGUUGGAGGUGGGUUUAAGGUGGCCAUGAACAUCCUCAACAGUGGGCGGUUCAGCAUGGGCAGUGCUGUGGCCGGGAUGCUCAAGAAAUUAAUCGAAAUGACUGCAGAAUAUGCCUGCACGAGGAAGCAGUUCAACAGGAGCCUCAGUGAAUUUGGAUUAAUUCAGGAAAAGUUUGCCUUGAUGGCUCAGAAGGCUUAUGUAAUGGAAAGUAUGGCCUACCUCACUGCAGGGAUGCUGGACCAACCAGGGUUUCCUGACUGCUCCAUCGAGGCUGCCAUGGUGAAGGUGUUCAGCUCAGAGGGUGCCUGGCAGUGCGUGAGUGAGGCGCUGCAGAUCCUCGGCGGCUCGGGCUACAUGAGGGACUACCCGUACGAGCGCAUGCUGCGUGACACCCGCAUCCUGCUCAUCUUUGAGGGAACCAAUGAGAUUCUCCGGAUGUACAUCGCCCUGACAGGCCUGCAGCACGCCGGACGCAUCCUGACAGCAAGGAUCAACGAGCUUAAACGGGGCAAUGUGACCACUGUCCUGGAGACUGUUGGCCGGAGGCUUCGGGACUCCUUGGGCCGAACCGUGGACCUGGGAUUGACAGGGAAUCUUGGAGUUGUGCACCCCAGUGUUGCGGACGGUGCCAACAAGCUCGAGGAGAACGUGUAUUACUUUGGGCGCACUGUGGAGACGUUGCUGCUCCGCUUUGGCAAGACCAUUGUGGAGGAGCAGAUGGUCUUGAAGCGGGUGGCCAACAUCCUCAUCAACCUGUACGGCAUGACAGCUGUGCUGUCUCGGGCCAGCCGCUCCAUCCGAGCAGGUCUCCGGAACCAUGACCAUGAGGUUCUGUUGGCCAACAUCUUCUGCACAGAAGCUUAUUGCCAGAAUCUCUUCACCUUAUCUCAGCUGGACAAGUAUUCUCCAGAAAAUCUAGAUGAACAGAUCAAGAAAGUAUCCCAGCAUGUCCUAGAGAAGCGAGCAUACAUCUGUGCCCACCCUUUGGAUCGGACAUCCUGAAGCAGAGGGAUGGUGGUCACUGUUGCCGCCAGCCCCCAGGCCACAGCCUGUUGCUGGACAACUCUCACUUUUUCCAGAAGGUGUUGAACUUGGGGUUAUUUUAAGUUGAACUUUCUUCCCAGUCUUUACCUGAGGUCUUUUUCUUCACCUGGGGAAACUUCUAGGCUUGAUCUGUGAGCACUGCUGCCUAACAUGAUCAUUCCAGGUUCUAAGUGGAGAUGGAGAUGGAUAGAGAGAGAAUGGAGUUGCUGAGACCUGGAAUUAGAGGAUACGCUCUUAGUUUAGGAGACCUCAGAAUGGAAAUGGGCGCUCGAGCUGCUGCCUCUGUCGCAUGAACCUGCGGGGACCUAUUUUGGGCAUGGACGGCCAUUUCUACUAGACCACACCUCUCCCAAGAAAUAGCUUGAAAGCUGUGUAUGUGUCAUUCAUUCAGACUAGAAGCAAAAUAUACUUAAAACAUGUACCAGGAACCACUUAACAAAAAAAGAAUAUAAAAUGGCACAGUUUGUGUUAA